AUGUUUCGAAAAAAGAAAAAGAAACGACCAGAGAUCUCGGCUCCUCUGAACUUCCAGCAUCGUGUACAUACAUCCUUUGAUGCCAAGGAAGGGAAGUUUGUUGGCUUACCUCCACAAUGGCAAAAUGUACUGGACACCCUUCGACGUCCCAAACCUGUAGUAGACCCAUCCAGGAUCACUCCAGUGCAGCUAAAGCCUAUGAAGACUGUUGUUCGUGGUAGUACCAUCUGUUUGGAAGGAUAUAUCUCAGGGAUAUUAAAUGAUAUUCAAAAACUUUCUGCAAGCAGUUCCAACACUCUGAGAGGACGAAGCCCUUUGACGAGAAGGAGAGCUCAGUCUUUGGGAGUUCUGAGUGAGGAAAGGCUAAACAAUGGACAGUAUAUUAUUACAGAGCAGAAUAUAUCGGACAAGUAUGGCAAUUACGUCAACUGUAAUGGUAACUCUAAGGCUAUCAGGCGGCAGACUAUGUGGCCUGAUUACAAACCUUCAGAGGACAGCCCCUCCAAACCCAAUGGUCCUGUUUCUAAAGCAAAGUCUCUAGAUCCUGGAGAUUUUCAGGAUACAGUGGAUCAUGUUUCCCAAGCCAAAACAACACCUGGAAACCUUCACAAGACUAUUAGUGGAGGUCAUAGCUUUGAUGAGACCACACGAGCACAUACAACAACAAGGAGACAGUUAUCCCAUGAAACACUCCUAGAAGAAGGAACAGUGCCAAAACCUGCAGAGAACAUUUCACAACUCGAACAUCUGCAGAGUGGUUUCACAUCCUCAGUUGAUGGGAAGAGUUCAGAAGAGCCUAUUCCAGCACAAAAGAUAAAGAAUGAGGGCUACCAGCGGCCCAUAUUGACGGCUCGGGGGAUUUUGACUAAAGCAGCUUCCCUUCCACCGGACCAUUUAUCUCCAGACUUUUCUAGGGUCAUUUCAGGGACACCAUCAGAGCGGGUCUCCCCUCUCCGACCUAGCAGACCUUCUCCAGCAGGUUCUCCUCGCAGCCGUCCUAUCCAGACCAGCUCCUCCAAUCUCCAUUUGUGUCAGGACUCCUUUAACAAGAACCCAUUAGCCAAUCAGGACACUACAGUAGUGACUCAUGAGCAAUUCAAAACAGCACUUCGCAUGGUUGUAGACAAGGGAGACCCACGUAUGCUAUUAGAGGAUUAUAUGAAAAUCGGUGAAGGGUCUACUGGAGUGGUUUGCAUUGCUAGAGAAAAGCACAGUGGGCGUCAAGUAGCUGUUAAAAUGAUGGAUCUCAGAAAGCAGCAACGUCGAGAACUACUAUUUAAUGAGGUUGUAAUCAUGAGGGACUAUCAACAUUCCAAUGUAGUGGAAAUGUACAAGAGCUAUCUUGUAGGAGAAGAACUAUGGGUCAUGAUGGAGUAUGUGCAAGGUGGUGCUCUGACUGACAUUGUGUCACAGACCAGGCUGAACGAGGAGCAAAUUGCUACUGUCUGUAAGUCUGUGCUGCAAGCUCUUGAGUACUUGCACUCCCAGGGGGUCAUACACCGAGACAUCAAGAGUGACUCCAUCCUUCUUACGCUGGAUGGACGGGUGAAGCUUUCUGACUUUGGGUUCUGUGCGCAAAUUAGCAAAGAUGUUCCUAAAAGGAAGUCAUUGGUGGGUACCCCAUACUGGAUGGCACCAGAGGUCAUACUGAGGUCUGCAUAUGGCACAGAGGUGGAUAUCUGGUCUUUGGGGAUCAUGGUAAUUGAGAUGGUUGAUGGUGAACCUCCAUAUUUCAGCGACUCUCCUGUGCAGGCCAUGAAAAGGUUGCGGGACAACCCUCCUCCAAAGCUGAGGAACUCUCACAAAGUUUCGCCGGUUCUCAGAGAUUUCCUGGAUCGGAUGUUGACACGGGAGGCGGCAGAACGAGCCACAGCCAAGGAACUUCUAGACCACUUUUUCCUCCUUCAGGCCGGCCUGCCAGAAUGUCUGGUGCCUCUGAUCCAGCAAUACCAUAAGAGGAACUCUACGUGCUAG